GUCCCAGUUCGCGCUGAAGUUCCUGGACCCCUCAUUCGUUCCCAUCACCAACUCCCUGACCCACGACCUGCAGGAGAAGCCCUCCAAGUGGGCCUUCAACCGGACGGCAUUUGCACACCAGAGGCAGGAGAUCCUUCAGCACGUCGACGUGAUAAAGAACUUCUCUCUGACCAAGAGCAGCGUGCGGAUCGGACAGCUGAUGCACUACGAUUACUCCAGCCAUAAGUACGUCUUCUCCAUCAGCAACAACUUCAGGUCGCUGCUGCCCGACGUGUCGCCCAUCCUCAACAAGCACCACAACAUCUGCGCCGUGGUGGGCAACAGCGGCAUCCUGACCGGCAGCCAGUGCGGGCAGGAAAUCGACAAAUCCGACUUCGUUUUCCGCUGCAACUUCGCUCCCACCGAGGCUUUCCAAAAAGACGUUGGGCGGAAAACCAACCUCACGACCUUCAACCCCAGCAUCCUGGAGAAGUAUUACAACAACCUCUUGACCAUUCAGGAUCGCAACAAUUUCUUCCUGAGCUUGAAGAAGCUCGACGGGGCCAUUCUGUGGAUCCCCGCGUUUUUCUUCCACACGUCGGCGACAGUGACGAGAACGCUGGUUGACUUCUUUGUGGAGCACAGGGGGCAGCUGAAGGUGCAGUUGGCCUGGCCAGGAAAUAUAAUGCAGCACGUCAACAGGUACUGGAAGAACAAGCACCUGUCCCCAAAGCGGCUGAGCACCGGCAUCCUCAUGUACACCCUCGCCUCCGCCAUAUGCGAGGAGAUCCACCUCUACGGCUUCUGGCCCUUCGGGUUCGACCCCAACACGCGGGAGGACCUCCCGUACCACUACUACGACAAGAAGGGGACCAAGUUCACCACCAAGUGGCAGGGGGCGCACCAGCUGCCCGCCGAGUUCCAGCUGCUCUACAGGAUGCACGGGGAGGGACUGGCCAAGCUCACCCUGUCGCACUGUGCCUAA